UUCUCAAUCGUUAUAAUUGACUAGUAUAAUUGGAAGCAAAUUUUAAGAAACAAUUUUGCAAAUUUCAAUGUGAUAUUUCUAAUCCGAAAACCUGUACAAAACUAGAGUUAAAACGUAUCCAAUCACAAUUAGUUUCACGUCAAUGCAUAUUGAACGAGACUGUCAUCUGAAUAAGGAACGAACACGUAAUUUGAAUGAUUCCGUAUUAAUAAGCUAAAUUAUUUUGGAAAAUAAGGGAAAAAAUGUUAAGAUUAAGUGGCAUUAAACGAGAUGUACUCGAUAUAUUUAUUGUAGGUAGCUAAUUAUUCCAUAUAGAUAAUACUACAAAUGAACGCAUAAAGACAUUCUUUGUCGAAAAAAUAUAAAUUACAAAGGUGUGACCGUUGACCUUUUUAUAUGUCACUUUUUAUAUUUCUAUUUAGUUUAUCACAUUCUGGGUGAUAUAGAAUUUCAUAAUGUCUUAGCGUUGGUGGAUUGCCACGUACAAAAAUUUUUCCACAUUUUAAAUUCAAUAAUUUGGUUUCGGCGGGACUAACUAUUUAUCCUUCUUUUAUGUUUUUGUGCCGGUGGAUCCGUAUGCAUACAAUGCAAAGAUGCUGUAGCAAGAAUAAAGUUGACUAUCCUAAGUGAUUGAAGAUUCCUAGUGUACACUAACACAAAUAUAUUUCUGUGACGUUUCGGGAUAGAUUUCAAGAUUGAAACACCACUCAUUUUAUAUUAUAGAUAAUUACAGAAUCAACUCUCGUCCAACUCUCUCCAAAUAUAGAGCAACAAACAUACAGUAAUGUGCAAUCUUAUGCUGGUGGAACGCUGGAAUAUUUCCGAGUUCAAAUUGAAACAAAACCGAACCGGAACUACAACUUUUACAUCAAAACAAAAACCUGUGCCGGGUCAAGCAACACGUCGAGAGCCGAUGGAGAAUGUGUUACAGAUAUGGCAGCACCAGAAUCUGUACCAGAACCAACUUUAAUGAAUUCUACUGAAAACUCACCAGUACAGCCGAUAAAAGUCAAUGUACCUAAUGAGUCGAAUGGUACAAUAAGCUGUAUUUUGUGCUCGUGAAAUCAGGAAGUAAAUUGACAAACAACGCAAUAACGAUAGACGAUAUUAACCAGGCAUCGAAUGUAGCAAUAAACCAAGCACCGGGUGAUAUGGAUUAUCUGGCUAUUGCAAUACAAAGGUCCGAAAUCAACGGUUCUUCAAUAGAACUAAUUUUGGGCGAAGACACAUUUAGUAGCUGCGAUAUCUCUUCGUCUCCUGGCAAUAGAGGAAAACGUGCAACAACACAACAUAUAUCAGGAAGAAACUUGAGACUGAAGGGCGCUGUAACUUACAGUUACUACGUGGUAUCUUCAACACCAUCUAUUACGUCCGGAAACACCUAUUUAAAACAAAGUCCUCCUAGUUCAUUUUAUCAUGACUAUAUUGAAGAUUCCAGUUUGUGGUGGAUAGCUGGUAUUAUUGGUGGUGUGGCUGCUUUGGUUACUGUGGUUCUGAUAGUCAUUUACAUAAAGAGAAGGAAUCAUACUAAAAAAUUGAAUGAUCGAGAUUCCAAGCGGUAUAGACUCCCUGCUUCACGAAAUGAGAUGGAUGAAACUACAGUUUAUGCGAACUUUGGGGCUGAUAUUGAAGAGAAAGAUGAAUCGAAAACUUCAAUUUCCGUGAAAGAGUUACUUGCGGUAUUUGAACAGAAAAAUGCAAAUGGCGGAGAAAAGUUCUUGGAAGAGUUCACGGCCCUCAAGAGAGAAGCUAUUACCAUAUUUUCAACAGACAUAGCGUCAAAUGAAAACCUGAAGACUAAAAACAGAUAUAAAAAUAUUUUACCUUUUGACUUAUCCAGAGUUAAUUUGAAAGGAGAAAACGAAGAAACAUACAUUAACGCCUGCUAUAUUCACGGCUACAGUAAGUCCAGAAAGUUCAUCGCAACUCAAGGACCUCUUCCAACUACAAUAGAUGAUUUUUGGAGAAUGGUGGUUGAGCAGAAAUCUAAAGUUAUUGUUAUGCUUACAAAAUGUGUCGAGGCACAAAAGAAAAAGUGUGAAAAAUAUUGGCCAGACGUUGGACAGGAACAAAUUUUCGGCCAAAUUAGAGUAUCUUGUGAUAAAGAAGAAGUUUUUGGAGGCUACAAAAAGAGAACUUUUACUAUUUAUACUGAGGAUGAGCCUGCCUAUCAAGUUGAACAAUACCAUUUCCUGAAUUGGCCUGAUCACGGAGUUCCUGUUACAACUUCUAACUUUUAUCGAUUCUAUGAAGCCUGUAUGGGAAGUCAUGGAAAUGAAGAUUGCCCUAUUAUUGUGCACUGCAGGUCAGAUUCAGAUGCAGAUGACAUUGAACUCGGGGUCAAGAUUCAGGAAGAUAGAAGAUAUGUUCAACGAACUUCAAGAAUUAAGAAAGAGUUUAAAAAUGUUGAUGUUGCUUCUGGAUUUAGUAAGAUCAGUGAAAAACAUGCUGAGAACUACAAAGUCAUCAUAAUGUGGCAGCAGGGAGAUGGAAACGUGAUACCAAAACUAAAUGCCAAUCAUCUCGAGACAUACGACGAAUCUAUUCGCAUGAUUGCGUGUGAAGGACCGAAGUUAGCAAAUGUUGAAAAUUUCUGGAGAGCUGUACUUGAUAGUGACGUCACAACAAUUGUAAUGCUGAAUGAACUUGUUAAGCAAAAUGUGCACAACAUACAGUACUGGCCAUCAGUAGAAGGAAAAUCAAUCACAUUUGGAAAAGUAUCUGUUCAGCUAAAGAACUCGAGCUCAACAGGGGAAUAUAUCAAAAGGAAUUUUUUGGUUACACGUGGUGAUGAACGAAAAGAAGUGACGCAAUAUCACAUCUUGGGUUGGAGAUCCAGUGCGUGUCCCGAUGACGCCACUACUGUACUUGACGUAAUCGAUGAAAUUCAGAUGAAUGCUUUGAAACAGGAUGUUUCAACAGUAUUGGUGCACUGCAGGGAUGGCUUGGGAAGGACAGGGGCAUUCUGUGGCAUAAUGAAUUUGAUUUCCCGCGCUAAAAUCGAAGGAAAAGCCGAUGUGUUCAGAGUUGUGAAGGAUUUGAGAGAUUGUCGACCAGGAAUGAUUCAAUCAUUGGACGAAUAUCGAUUCUGCUACCGAGCUGUUGAGCAGUGGUUAUGUUCUAAUAACGUCAAUGGAAAAGAAUUCGUAGAAGAAAAUCCAUAUGAAAAUGAUGUGCAGUCGCAAUAUGAUGGUGCGAUUUACGAGAAUCACCAGAUAUCAGUUUAAUCCAAUAUAUGUUCAAAAACAUUCCGCUUUUAACUGUUCUCCUGAUCUCAAAGAAUAUUCAAAUUUUGCAAGUCGUCGUAGUGUUUCAUCGUAUAAUUAAGUCAUCAUUCUCAUUUAUUCCAGUAUUUUAAAAAACUGCUUUGUGUUUUUUACAUUUUGCAAUAUUUGCUUUAUACAAUGUACUCGUUUAUUCUGAAUUAAUUCUGAAUUUGUCAUUUUAGUCAAAAGAAAAGUUACUGAAACCAUAAAUUAUUUAACUUUUCAAGUCGUCGUAGGGUUUCUCCUUAUAUUUAAAUUAUCAUUUUCAUUUAUUCAAGUAUUUUAAAAAAAAUGCUCAAUUUUUUUUUUGGUUAAUUUCCUCAA